GAUUAAAUAAAAUAUUACAAAUUUCCGAUCUAGUCUACAUCUAGAUCUAGAAUCUAGAUCUAUUUUAGCGUCUAUGACUAUGUGUAGAAUCUAAAUAAUAUUUUUCUAUUUACAUUGAUUAUUGGCCUACCCCUAGGCCCUAGGCCUAGGCCUAUAAUAAAUAAUAAUAAUAGACUACUAGAUAGGCCUAUAUUAUAAUAUCUACUACUCUAGACUUAGUCGUUGUUAGUCUACUUACUCAACUACUAAGAAAUUUAUCUGACUAAGACUAAGUUACACUAAGUAUAUCCUAGGUCCUAGAUUCUAGAUGUAGUGAAUAUGGUAUUUGUUGUUUUUUUUUACUACUUAGGCCUACACUAGUCUAGUCUAUAGAUCCAAUAAUCUAGAUCUAACUAAAUAUUAAUAUUUUGCAAUAUAGAUCUAGAUCUAGUAUCUACAUAUAAUAAUUAUUAAUAAUAAUAUUAUAAUAUUAAAUAUACUAUAGUCACUAUUCACUAUAGAGUCUAGAACUUUUGCUUUGUUACGUUUUAAAUUGAAUGGUUAAAAAUAGUUGAAGUUUACUUCCUAGUCCAAACCUCCUUCAGGACUACGGGGGAUGGGAUCGGGCAGGGUUUGAACCCGGGACCAUCGAUAAAUCCGAACAACAGUCCAGCAUGCAAACCGCACAACCAGGCAUACUGAUAGGGGAGAACAUACUCAGUCAUACUAUAAACAGUAAACUCAGGUGUACCUCAUUUGAAAUUGCUGUGUAAAGUUGUGCAUUGGCAUUGCACUUGGAGCCCUAAGGCCAGCGAAAGCAAACAAGAGCUCCCUCUUACCGCCUGAAUCAAUGCAAAAUGUCAAAAGAAAUAUCAGAUGCUGAAUACCCAAGCCAUAUAUAUGAAGCUCAACAUUCUGUCAGAAUUGAAUUCUUUUGUCAAUGUCCAGUUGGAACUAUAACUAUCCACAGUGCUGAAUGUGGACUUGAUAUUACUAUUUUAGGAUUAAAGAUAAAUCUUCAAAAUGUUUUCCACUUACAGCCUGAAAAUCAGAGUUGGUAUUUAAGAAGCACUCUCCUAAAUGACAAAGAUACUUUGGCAUCAUAUGGGAUUGUAGGCACUGAAAGAACUUCAGAAGAUGCUGUAAAGAUUUUAGUGAAACAAGCUUAGAAUUUAUUUUUGGACACGCUCAUUUGCCCACAUUUUGUAGGACAUAUUUUUUAUUCAAGGGAAAAAGGAAUGUAAAACCAAGCUAUCUUCAAACAACUUCUUUAUUUGUGGGACUGAAAAUACAAAAUUUAAUUUAACAUUUGAAUAUAGCUCUAGUAAUGGUAGUUAAAGGGGGAGAGGUGGCUGAGUGGUUAAGUGCUUGGCUUUACAACCUUGAGUCAUGGGUUCAAAUCUAGCGAAGACUGGGAUUUUGAAUUUGAGGAUUUUUAGGGAGUCCCUGUGUCCACCCAACUCUAUCUGGUAUCUGACUUUAUUUGGGAAAAGUACAGGUGGUUGGUCGUUAUGCUGGCCACAUGACACCCUGCUCUUAAACUGUUGGCCAAAGAAACAGAUGACCUUAACAUCAUCUGCUCUAUAGAUUGCAAGGUAUGAAAGGAGAACUUUUUUUUCUUUAAUGGUAGUUUAAUUGUAAAAUUUAACAUUGUAGGUUUUCUAGAGUCCUCGAAUAACUAUUUAAAAUAUUCUUUAGACAAAAUACUUCAAAACAGGAUUGUAAAAUGUUAAUGUUUUACAUGUUUCGGAUGUUCUAUCAGAGUUGAACAUAAUUUACUUCCUUGCCCAAACCUCCAUCAGGAUGACGGGGGAAGGCAGAACAGGGACUAUCGAGACAACUGUAUGACCUUGCAGACAUUCAGUUCCCAUUUUAAAAGAAGAAAUGUAAUUAUAUUUAUCUACAUAAAGUAAUUUAAUUUCUUUGUCUAAAAGGGAACUGAAUUUUUAAAGAUCUUAAUACUUUGAAUGAUCUUUCAAUAUACAAAAGAAAUAAAAGAGGAAAUGAGGGCCUAGUCCAAGUUUGCUUAUAUUAGUGAAAAUUCAUUAUGCUUUCAAAGCCAGACGAACCUGUAAUGAAGUGUGUUUCCACACAUUCUGUAUCAGAUGGUUGUCAUAGUUUUAAUCCUCAUGCUUCAGACAUGUUUUUAAUUGUCACAUUGAUGUAUAAAAUUUAUUUAUGUUUUUAUUACUUGUGUUUAUAGUUGUUUAAUAUUUGUAAUGUUAUAAUUAUACUUGCACUUCAUUCCAAGAAACAUUAGAUUCAUUUUAUGAAAAUAUUCUUCAUAUAUCAAUACAUAAAUUAAGAGAAUUCAAAGAGUAAAAGAAAAAAACAACAACUACAGUUUUGGAUCUAGACUGUUUUAUUUUUUAAUGUCUUAAAGGCAUUAAUGAACUAUAAUGAUAUUUUAGAUAUUAAGUAACACUCCCCCCCCCCCCUAUCCCCCCUUCUCUCACAUGUACACACCCACAGAUCUUAUUCUCUUAAUAAAAAUUAAGUAACGUUACUUUAAUUCUUUCUAGGUAUAACAUUAAUAUUGUUCCUUAAUUAUGUUAGGGACAUACAAACUACCGGUAUAAGAAAAAUAAUAAGCUUUUAAUUCUAUAGAUAUAUAAAUAUUCUGCAUCAUAACAAAAUAUAAAACAUUACUUCUAGCAGUUUGUUCUCCAUUGAGAGAACUAAGAAUCUUACAUUUUGUAUUAUAGCCUAUUUAAUUUUUGAUACAUUUUUUUUUUAAUUUACUUAUGUUAACAAAAAUAAUUUCUCUAUUAACUACAAAUUAUCAAAACAAAUAAACCUAAUCUUGGCUACUCUACACUUUAUUUAUAACCUAAUCUGACAUGUUAAAAAUCAAUACAUUUUGCCAGUAAUAAAAUUUGAGUUCUGAAUAUUUUUGCUUUGAUCCUUCAAGAGGGAGUCCUAAUACUGCUAAAAAAUAUUCACCUAAGCUGAAUUUGUCUUUAAUCUUCAUCAUGCUCUCUUUUUUUCCCCCAAUGAAAUUUCCUACAUAAAAUAUGUUUGAACUGAGAUAGUUAAUAAAUGCUACUAUAACAAUGACAUCUAUUUUUCUUCUUUUUUUUUUCACAGCAAGGGUAAAGUAAAAUGUAUAUAAUAUUUUGUUUUACAGACAAUGGCUUCUAUAUUAUCACACAUCUCUGUUUCUUAUUUUAAAAAAAAAAUUGUCAUCACAUUUAAAUUAUAUAGCUUUUAAGUAGCGCUACUUUCAUACCUAUAGCAUGCUCAGAGCGCUAUGGUCCAAUCUCAUUAGUGGACCAGUGGGGUGGGGGUAUCUGGGAGAAAGUUUUUCCUUGCUGCCUUUAGGCGCUCAAUAAAGUAAAUAUCUAUAAUAUCGUAUUCAAUUUUUUUAAAAUUUUCAGUUGAAAGUGUGUAUAAGUGUUGAAUACAUUCAAUCAGCGUUAGGCAUCAUAAGUGUUAAUUAUUUAACAAGCAAAUCUGAAUAAAUAUUUAUGAUUCUUUUAAACAGACAACACAAAGUUUUCCUUUUGUUUAAUUAAGAGUAGGAAAGCUUUAUUGUAAUCGGGCAUUAACCACCAAUUGAUGAAAUUGGUCAUACUUAUCAAAUCCUUUUAAAUCAAAUUUAGUAAUACAAUUUCUAUUUCGCCUUAAUUAAUAAAACUAAUGUUAGAAAAUGCGUACUCUGUUUGGGAUGUCUUAAGACCUUAACAGACCCGUGAGGUUUAUAACAAAUUAAUAUACUCACAUUAGACUAAACUAAACAUAGAAGAUUAAAAAGUAAAGUAGCUUUAAUACACAAACUAUGCAAAUAAAACUGACAAAAACAAAACCUAAUAAAAUAUCAAGACACAAAAAGGCACAUUUCUAUUUCACAUGUUAGGAUGAUGAUGACCUAUUGGCUCAUUUCUCUUUAGGAUAAUUGAUUUCAGCAGGGCGGCAGUUUACUCCAACACUCUUUUUUUUUUUUUUUGUUCAAUACUAUAUGCUUUUGUAGUAAUGUUAAAUAAAGUGGGUCGACUUCUCCAUGAGGGCAGCACAUUUUACCUGUAAGUCGAUUACUUUACCAAAUUUGAAUAAUUUCUAUUGAUUUUCUCUUUACGGAUAAAUGCGCCAUUAUAUAGCAGGCUAAAGGCAAUACAGUAUUUUAUAUGUAGGUCACAGCUAGGUCUGCGUGUCACAGGUAAUACUCCAUUCCCCAUUAAUCUUCAAACUCGAAGACAUGCCUUAUUAUUAUUAUCGCACAAGAGCAGGAGCUUCAACUUGCCUUCUUUGAAUGUGUUGAAGCUGCUGCGUCGUUUGGUUUGUCUAUCAACUUAAAAAAAAACAAUGGUCAUGCGCAAGAAGUUCCAGGAAUCAAUUCCUUAAGGGAAUCUACUCAGCUUCAAAAUUCAACGUGAUUGGCCACCUCCUCAAUGUUGUCGCCAACUUCACGUAGGCUACCUGGGCAGCACAGUGUCCAACGAAGCGUCGCUGGCUACAGUAUUAGACAACUGUCUCACUGAAGCCAACUGCGCUUUUGAUCGCCUCAAAUAGUGAGUAUUUUUUUGGCAAAAUAAAAAACAAAAUGUAAAGGAAACAUUCGCCAUGUUUGACAGUUCAAAAUCCAAUUCACUAUCAGUAAACUAAGGCCAGUAGGCCGCGGUUCAUAUCCGGCUAGUAAAAUAUAAAAUACUUGCUACUGAUCUUUAUUAUUAUUAAAAGAGAUGAUUAGAAAAUACUUGAUUUUUUGUUAAAUUUGUGUAUAAAUCAUAAAUAUUAUGGGUUUCAUUAUAAUACUUGAAGGCUUUAUAUUUGCGGGCGGACUUGAAAAUGACAAAAGCUCAUUUUUUUAUAAGUACGGGGCAACUAUUACGCGCGGACUUUGGAUGGUCGCUCGUGAUCCCAUCUAUCACAUCCCCUUUUUUUUUUCAGCGCUUGAUUCAGCAUUGUAAAGACAUUUGAAAGCAAAAAAAAAAAAAAGAAUUCACAUGGAGAUCUAAAAAAUAAAAUGAAAUCCAGACCAUGUAAAUAAAACUAAACCAUCAAAAUAUAGUUACAAAACAACAACACUGGAUCUCUCGAUAUACUUUUUAUAUCGUUAUCAGCAUCAAUAAGAAUAGACCUGUCAUCUGCGAUCUAAAUAUUAAAAUAAAUUUGUAAAAAACAUCAUGUUAGUUUUUAUUUGUAGGCCUACUUUUGUCAGGAAGUGGUGUGACGUAAUAUAAAAAUACUAUCACAUAGGCCUACUUUAAUAAAAUAAAUACCAAUAGAUUAUACAUAAGAGAAGGUUGUAGCGUAGUUAAAUCUAGGCUAUAGAUCUAUAAUUUCUCAUUUUCCCCCCGAGAUGUAAAAAACGCAAUGUCAAAAACAUUUAAGAAAUUAUCACAUCAACCAGCUUGCAGAAAAAAAAGACACUGUAAAAAUAGUAAAAUACAUGUUUUAUCUAUUUAAGGUGUACUAAAACUAAGAUCUAGAAUAUCAAUUCCUCUUCAUGUUUAUUCUAGAUCUAAUAGGUCUACUGAGUAGAACUUGAUCUAACAGUAGGCUACUAAUUUAAACUAGUAGGCUACACUAGAUUGUAGUAGGCCAAUCUAGUCAAAAACGUGAUUGUCUUCAAAUGAAACAAUUCUGCACAUAACAGACUGUAGUUUCUCAUUUAGAUCUAAUUCUUAUUUAGUCUAGAAAUAAAUCUAGAUCUAUAUUUUGUUGAUAGGCCUAUAAAGAUUAUCGUCUCAUUUUCUUGUUUUAUUAGGUACCAGUAGGUUACCGGUAGUUAUAGAACUAUAGAGAGAUCUAUCCUUUUUUGGCGAGUAGGCCUACCGGUAUACAGAUUCAAUAUGGCCUAGAUUAGUCCAAGACUCAAGAUCUAAUACAUCAUCAUCAUAGAUAUAAAGGCUGUUAGAACUAGAUCUAUAUUGUCUGCAACUUUCUUAAGAAUAUAAUAAUUCGUAUGCAUCCUAUGUCACCAUCUGAAAUCAAAUUACGCCCCUCGAGUACGUGAUUUUUUUUUUGUAAUAUAGGAAUUAUUAAUUGACUAAUGCCCUCAUGUCAAUAAUGAGCCUUUGUUUGGAUUGCACGUGAACACAGUGGUCGUCCUAAACAUUUCUAGUGUGUUGACACACGAUCUUGAUCUCCACGAACAGAUGAAAUGACCAGCUUAACAGCAAAACUACUGAUAUCUUUAGACUGCACAGGAUGUAGUGCUUGCAGUUUUCACUGUCCUAGAUAUAAAUCACAUCACCAUCACCCCGACUCUAUUGACCAUUCUUAUGUCAUAUAUGGUGAUCCUAAUUUUUGUCAUCUCUCGUUGCCUACUGCCUUAGCCUUUAAAAAAAGCACCAUACCUGAAGUAGGUAUCGGUGUCUUUGCUCAAAGAUUCAUCCCAGCGGGGACAUUGUUUGGUCCGUUAAUUGGAGUGAGCAGUCAAUUACAAGACAAUGUUGGGGAUUUUCAUUAUACAUACCAGGUGUUUAGACGGGGCCGUUUCCUGUACAAACUGAACUGUUCGGAUCAAAGAAGAUCCAACUGGAUGAGAUUUGUAAAGAGAGCUAGACAUGAAUGUGAAAGCACUGCCAUAGCCUGUGAAUGCUGGGGAGACAUCUACUAUAAGACCACAAGUGAUCUCUAUGAAGAUCAGGAACUUUUAAUCAUUAGUGCUACCAAAGAUUUAAAAAUUCCAGUGAAUGGUGAUUUUGAGGAAAUGUCUCAUGUGGAAAAUCUCAAAAUACAAUCCAAAAACAAUGUCGAAAACACAAACAAAGGGAAUUCCAUUGAAAAUUUAAAUGCAUGGCAACUUCAAAUUGUGAGAAGAAAAUCUGGAAAGUCAGCAGGACUUUGUGAUGUUUAUUAUAUCAGCCCAACAAAGAAACGGUUGAGAUCAACAAAUGAGCUUUUGAAAUAUGUUACCCUAAAGAAACUACACCUCGACAUCAGCAAGUUUAUUUUCAGCAAAACAAUUUUAAAGGCAAAAGGCUACUUUGAGAACCCUACAAAAUGGCCACCAAUUGAAUACCAAUAAAUUCUCUCUUUGCUGAAGGAAUUAGUUUUUUUUUUAAUUUAAAUUAAAGCUCAUCAAACAUAAAGUGAUAAUUUUCAUUUUUAACUUGUCCAAAACUAUAUAGAAAGAUAUUUUCUACUAGCAAUAGUACUUCAUUGCAAUCACAUUCAUUAGAAAAACAAACAAACAAUUUAUCUUCUUUUUGGCUAAGAUACACAUAAUAAUGUUUUACUUCCCUUGAUAUCAAAAUGUGAAAUUCUCAAAUAAAUAUUUGUUUCAACUAAACUCAACAAAAUCUAAUUGUAAAUUUAUUGUUAAAAUACUUUUUUAAAAAAGGAAUCAUACUAUUCACUCAGCUCUUUUUGUAUAUUACUAAAGUAUGUUUAAUGCUCAAGAUAUUAUUUCUCUAGGUCUACAGUAUUUUAUGUAUUUUUCCCUAUAAUGUGAGAUGUGAAGGCAAUAUUUUUAGAUGAUAUAAUUCUUUCUUAAUAUACAAGAAAUAUUUAUUAUUGGAAACUCACCAGAUUGCAUGCAUCUACUUGUCUUAGGAUUCAUGUUUGUCAUUAUUUCCAUACAUUUUGUUGCUUUAUUGUUAGCAUCAUUCUUUGAAUGACAUUUUUUUUUUUACAGUCAAAGAAAAGGGUCUUUAAUCAUGAUUUUGUCCUGAGACUUUGUAGUAUACUUUUCAUUUUGUAUAUUUAUUAGUAAUGAUAUUCAACCAUUCCUACAAAAAGAGGUCAAAGGUUCUAUGAUAUUUUGUGUGUGUGUGUGAAAGGUCUUCAAAAGGAAUUUACAGAAGGAGUCUAUUAAUGUGAUGUAUAUUAUGAAUGAUGAUAUUGUUAACUGUUUCUGUUUAUGUAAUACACACGUGAGUUAAAACU